AUGAUGCACAAAUGGAUUGACGUUAACGUCAGACACAGAAGAAGACAACGAAUAAUAAGCAAAGAAAAUGGAUUUUAUGAGACAAUUGCCACUCGAAAGAAGAUGCACAAAUGGAUUGACGUUAACAGGACUAUCGACACCACAAUCAACAAUAAGAUGAAUGUCGCCAGAAUUGGUCAGUCCUUUAGGCAUAUC